CCGACGUUCUACCCAGUGCGGACUGCAGGCGCUUGAAACGAGGCCAUCAGCUGAGAACCUUCCUCUGACCACUCGGCCUCAGAGCAACAGAGCGGCCCAAAGCGGGACCACAAGAUGGGGGCUGGAGCGAGCGCUGAAGAAAAGCGCUCCAGAGAGCUGGAGAAGAAGCUGAAGGAAGACGCUGACAAGGAUGCGAGGACGGUCAAACUGCUACUUUUAGGUGCUGGCGAAUCAGGAAAAAGCACAAUUGUCAAACAGAUGAAAAUUAUCCACAAAGACGGUUACUCGCUUGAAGAGUGCUUGGAGUUCAUCACCAUCAUCUACAGCAACACUCUGCAGUCCAUCAUGGCCAUCGUGAAGGCCAUGACCACGCUCAACAUCAACUAUGGACACUCGGAUCAUCAGGACGACGCCAGGAAGCUGAUGCACCUUGCAGACACCAUCGAGGAAGGCACGAUGCCCAAAGAGCUGUCAGACAUCAUUCUGCGUCUGUGGAAGGACUCGGGCAUCCAGGCGUGUUUCGACCGCGCCUCAGAGUACCAGCUCAAUGACUCUGCUGGAUACUACCUGAACGACCUGGAGCGUCUCGUCCAGCCGGGCUACGUGCCCACCGAGCAGGACGUGCUGCGCUCCAGAGUCAAGACCACCGGCAUCAUCGAGACACAGUUCGGCUUGAAAGAUCUCAACUUCAGGAUGUUCGAUGUGGGGGGUCAGAGGUCGGAGAGAAAGAAGUGGAUCCACUGUUUCGAGGGCGUGACCUGCAUCAUCUUUAUCGCCGCGUUGAGCGCCUACGACAUGGUGCUGGUGGAGGACGAUGAAGUGAACCGAAUGCACGAGAGUCUGCACUUGUUCAACAGCAUCUGCAACCAUCGCUACUUUGCCGCCACGUCCAUCGUCCUCUUCCUCAACAAGAAGGACGUCUUCUUGGAAAAGAUCAAGAAGGCUCACCUCAGCAUGUGCUUCCCCGACUACGACGGUCCCAACACCUACGAGGACGCAGGGAACUACAUCAAACUGCAGUUCUUGGACCUGAACAUGCGCCGAGACAUCAAGGAGAUCUACUCUCACAUGACCUGCGCCACGGACACAGAGAACGUCAAGUUUGUGUUCGACGCCGUCACCGACAUCAUCAUCAAAGAAAACCUGAAAGACUGCGGCCUCUUCUGAAAGAGUUGUGUCAUGACCCUCCACCCCCAUCCUCUAACUAAGCUAACAUCGAGCGAGGACACCUGUCAAUCAUUUGGAACAACUCUUAGCUUUGGCGUCCGAGACCAAAGGUCAACAGAGACUAAAUCCUGCAGAAUUCACACUUGACUUUUCUUUAGUCCAGAUAUGAAAGGUUUUGAUUGUUUGGAGCGCAAUGUAAAAUGAGUAGCGACAUGACAACAUGGAAAAAAAGAGAGAGCCCAGACCUAAAGCCUAUCUCAAUACCUGCAAGAGACGCACAUCUGGGAGGCUAAACCAGAUCAAAAUAGAUUGUACACAAUGUACACAUAUAUGUACAUGUUAUGUACCCAAUGUACACAAUACAGGCUAGCCAUGGAAUAGGUGCUCCUUUCUUAGAUGAUAUUGCUAAUUAUGAUGAUUAUGUGCAGAAAGUAUUCCUUGUAAAAAAUAAAAUUUUGAACCAAUAAAGCUUCUGUAGACAACA